CGGCGCUCGCUGAUUGGAGAAGGUUGGAGGAGAAGGAAAAUGGCGGCGGCGGCGCUCCUGAGGUGGAAGGUGGUCGUGAUUGUGGCGGUUUCGUCGGGCCUGGUGGCCGGAGGAGGGACGCGGACCCUGGUGCUGCUGGAGAACCUCAACCUACGAGACACGCACUCGCUCUUCCUGCGCAGCCUCGCAGACAGGGGCUUCGACCUCACCUUCCGGACGGCAGACGACCCCGGCCUCUCCCUCAUCAAGUACGGCGAGUUCCUCUACGACAACCUGGUCAUCUUCGCGCCCUCCGUCGAAGACUUCGGAGGAAACAUCAACGUGGAGACCAUUGCGGCCUUCAUCGACGGAGGAGGGAACGUCCUGGUGGCCGCCGGAUCGGACAUUGGCGACCCUCUUCGGGAGCUGGGCAGCGAGUGCGGGAUUGAGUUUGAUGAGGAGAAAACGGCCGUCAUUGACCACCAUCACUACGAUGUCUCCGAUCUGGGCCAGCACACGCUCAUCGUUGCGGACUCCGAGAACCUCCUGAAGGCGCCCACCAUUGUGGGCAAGAAGCCACUGAACCCUGUCCUCUUCCGGGGUGUUGGGAUGGUGGCCGAUCCGGACAACCCUCUGGUUCUGGACAUCCUGAUUGGCUCCUCGACUUCGUAUUCCUUCUUCCCCGACAAACCCAUCACCCAGUACCCACACGCCGUGGGGAAGAACACCCUCCUGGUAGCCGGCCUCCAGGCCCGGAACAACGCUCGCGUCAUCUUCAGCGGCUCCCUGGACUUCUUCAGCGACGCCUUCUUCAACUCGGCUGUCCAGAAGGCCACUCCGGGGUCCCAGAGGUUCCCCCAGACUGGCAACUUUGAGCUGGCGCUGGCCUUGUCCCGGUGGGUCUUCAAGGAGGAGGGCGUUCUGCGCGUGGGAGAGGUGUCCCACCACCGCGUGGGAGAGACUCAGCCCCCCAGCGCCUACACCGUCACCGACCUCGUGGAGUACAGCAUCGUCAUUGAGAAGCUCUCCGAGGGGAAGUGGGUCCCCUUCGACGGCGACGACAUCCAGCUAGAGUUUGUGCGCAUUGACCCCUUUGUGAGGACCUUCCUCAAGAGGAACGGAGGCAAGUACAGCGUCCAGUUCAAGCUGCCGGAUGUCUACGGAGUCUUCCAGUUCAAAGUGGAUUACAACCGGCUGGGCUACACUCACCUGUACUCCUCCACGCAGGUGUCCGUGCGCCCCUUGCAGCACACGCAGUACGAGCGCUUCAUCCCCUCGGCCUACCCCUACUACGCGGGCGCCUUCUCCAUGAUGGCCGGCCUCUUCCUCUUCAGCGUCGUCUUCCUCCACAUGAAGGAGAAGGAGAAGGCCGACUGAUGGCAUUCGAUAUCCGCGGGGACUCUGCUCCCUCCUUAUGGGGCUCCCCGAUAUCCGCGGGGACUCUUCUCCCGGGAAGCCCCUGCACGAACUUGGGUCAACCACACUGUUGGCACUGCCUUCAAUCCCAUCAUUGUUUUUUUUUAUUUCCUCCCAAAAUAAAGAGGUAAUGCCCACA